GAGUGCGGUACAUUUUCCGUUAACGCUACUGUUCCCCCAGGUCAUUGCUCGAUAUUGUUUGGUGUAAGCCUUCAUGUAGAAGCAUUAAGUUUUUUUUCUUUCUCUCGCUUCUGAACUUACAUGAAAUCGCUUCAAACUUUUCGACACCCACCAAAACAUAUUUCUUGAGAGUUUUUAUAAUCUAAAUACUUUAAAAGUCACAAGGAGUCAAGUAAGCAAACACUAAGCUCAAGUAUAUUUCAGUUGAUCUUUUGCUUAGCGUAGUUGUGUGGAAUACCUCUCAUAUUUUCCACUUAUUUUUUCUAAAAAAGCAUAGUUUACCAAUCACAUUCCUUAUGUUUCAAAACAAAAUAGACCAAUCUGACACAACUAGAUUUAUUGUUACCAGCUAGUUUUGAUGAAUGUCACAUUUCUUCAAGUCACUGAAACAGGAGCUAUGAAUUAAGAAGAGGAUAUAUGGUAGUUGUAUAUCCUUUAAAACUAUACAUCCACUUAAUAAAGUGACGUGACUUAGCCUGAUGCUUUUGUCUUUCAUGUUUGUAAAUAACUUUAACUGUUCUGACCUUCAUUUGCAUAACUUUACUUUACUGACACUUUGUCAGUCUGUUUUGUAAUAAAUUGAAAGUUCAGCAAAUUUUGAGAUAUUAACUUGUUGAAUUACUUAAGAUGAUCUCUCAGUUUCCUUUCCAAUUUAAAGCCGGUUGGAGUUUACUAGUUUAAGUUAAAUUUAUGAAACAUGAUCCAACAAAGCGUUCGUAAUACUGCUCAAUACUCUAAGUGUUUUUAUUUCCUUAGUCAGAAGAAAAAAUUCUGAUUUUUCCGCUUAUCUUUCAUAAAUAUAUACUUAACGUCUCUUAGUAUUGUAUUUACUGUCCCUUUCAUCCAAAACGUUAUUUUCCGCUGCAAUUUGUCUCCUUAUUGGUAUUUCUGUCACUAGCUCCUUGAUUGUUUAACGUUUUCUUAGAACUUAACAACAAUUUGUGAUCCCAACAGUCUGUUCACAAAUAUCAAUAACUGUCUAAGAGCAGUUUUAACCAAAUGUUUUAUCUCCAGGUUGUCCAUCGACUAAAAAAUGACCACAGCCGGGAGACCAACAUGGGAUACUGCUAAAGGUAGUAGAGGAAAGUGGGAAGGUGAUUUAAGUGCUUUGUCUAAGCAGUACUCUGUUCGUGACUUACCGGCACAUACGAAAUUGAAAUUGCGUCAAGAAGGACAAGGAAGACCUGAAGAUAUUCAAGGAAAAGAUUUUAAACGUGCUUUGGAAGAAAAAGAGAAACGAUUAGCUCAAGAAAAGUCGGGGAGGCCCUCAAUAAAUUCCACUAGUCAACAACCAGCAAUUACCAGUGCCAAACGACCAAGUUCUGCUGCUGUCGCGCCAACUAUUGAUAGUAGUACUAUAGGUAGUAUAAAACGUACACGACCUGAAACAACCACUGCUGUGUCAACAACUAAUUUAGACGCUGAUGAUCCGUGGGAUGAGGAUUAUGAUGAAGAUCAAGAAGAUGUAAUUAUCACUAAAAAGUCGAAUCAUAAUAAAAGUAAGAAUUCAACUGGAGAUAAAUUUGAUGAUGAUAAUCAAAACGAUGAUGAUGACGAUGAAGAUGCUGACAAUGAUGACGUCGACGACGAUGAAGAAGAUGAAGAAAUGCUCCUAGCCGAAUUGGCUAAAAUUAAACGUGAACGAGCUGAAGAAGCAGCCCGUUUGGCUGCUGAAAGGAAAGCAGCUGAAGAAACUAUUCGUAUGGAAAAUAUCUUGAAAGGAAAUCCUCUUUUAAAUUCAUCUAAUUCUUCAGAAUUUAAGGUCAAAAGAAGAUGGGAUGAUGAUGUUGUAUUUAAAAAUUGUGCUCGAGGUGAAGUCGAUCAUGUAAAACGUGGAUUCGUAAAUGAUACACUACGAUCUGAAUUUCAUAAAAAAUUUAUGAAAAAAUAUAUCCAAUAAUGCACAUGUACAUUGUCUUCCCUCAAUAAUACUUUAUUUCCUGUAAAUAAAUAAUUGCUUUAAACAA